AUGGCCCAGUCAAGUCCUGACUUGAAUCCAAUGGAAAAUUUAUGUUUAGACUUGAAUAUUGCUGUCCAUCAACAAUCCCCAAUGGAGUUAAAGUGGAGCACUUAUCUUCAGUCACCAGUGAACAAUUCUGUACAUCCAAACUAUGGACAGCAGGUUUCAGUAGAAGAACUAUUUCGAGGUGCAAGAGAUGCUUUACACAAUAAACCAAAUGCUUCAGGUUCAGUACGUGGUCAGUAUUCACAAGAAAGGUCUCAAAUCCAGAAAGAAAAACCCACAAGUGCUGUACGUGAACUCUUGGAUUUUGUCAGCCAAAACAUGGGAGGUGGAAUGCCUAAGUACAGAUACUCAACAGUUGGUCCUAUGCAACUUUGCCAAGCUGUGGUCAUUCUCCCCAGUGGACUGCAAUUUUUCAGUACACCAGCUGCUACUCAACAUGAGGCUUCAGAAAGUGCUGCAGAGGAGGCAAUUGUGUACCUAAACAAGAUGAGAAAUCAAGAAAAACCUGCUUUGCCUCCCUCUCCAGGAUUAGUAACAACAGUAAGAACCCAGCUUCAUCCAAUGCACCUAGGAGGCCCACCUCCACUUCCAGCAUUCUCUCCAUCUGCUUCUGGUCCACAGUUUUCACAGAAAUCUCAUGAUUUAGUAAUUCAGCGUCAUCCACCUCCACCACCUAUUACAUUUAUCCCAGAUUCAUUUGUCAAUGAACAUAGAAAACAGACCCUUCAGCUCCAGUCACAAUAUAGUAGAAGUCAGGACAGCAGGUCUUGGCAUAAUCAACAACAACAAUAUCCAAACUUUUCACAGAACUCAAGCAUGCCACUUUCAUGGCAGGGUAAGAGUGGCAAUGAUGGAACAUUUUUACAGUAUGCUGAUGAGAAAAAAAGUGAUUGGAAAAGUAAGCGAAAAGUAGGAGACACUGGUGGCCAGUUUCAAAAGAAGACUCUCCAAACAAUUAGUCAGUCAUCAAGUGUAAAUCCUUUCAUACCACUUCAGGUAACCAAAAAACAAGCAACACCUAAAAAACCUCAGACCAGUAGAUCAUUAAAAGACAAAGAAGAAUUUCUUGAUCUGUCAGCUUCCCAAAACAUAAGACAAAACCAAAGUUCAUCAACUAGUAAUACCCAGCCUGAGAAGACAAACCAACAAUCUGACCAUCAAAGCACAAGUAAAAACAACUCUGAAACAGCAAAGAAAGGUUCACGGCUAACAAGUGGACAACAAGAACACAGACAUCGACGUUCUCGACUAGCUGUAAACUUUAAAAAUGCUGUAGACUGAGGACACAUUUUACUCAUGGAAGAUAAGACAGAUAUACAUAAUCCUGUUUGUGUGUGUGUAUAUAAUCAUGUUUGUGAUUGUUGUGUCAAUGACAUUUAUUUUAAGAGAAUUUUACAAAGAAAAUCUGUUUUGUCUUAGGAGUGAUUCAGUGCAUGGGAAAAUAAGCUGAUUUUUCUUUUUACUACAAAUUAUUGUACUUAAUACAUUACUGAUGGAACCAUAUAUAGUUAUUUAAUGGUGUAAGUCACUACUGUUUAUACCUGUUUGGAAUAAACAAUAUUUUGAAUAGGGAAGUGCUCUGAUUAAAAUUUGCCACUUUUCAGGUUUCAGACUGUUAUUUUGAUUUUAUUAUCAAAAGCAGGUAAUUGGAAGAGACAUGUACAAUAAUUAAUAUCAAACUUUUGUGGGUUAAUGAGGACUAUAGCUAAUACAAGAAUAAUUAUUUGAACUAAAACAGCAUGCCCUGGUACUUCUGGGCUGUAUAAGGUGGUGAUUUUUUUAUUAUUAUUAUUUAUUAGAAAUGCUGUUUCUGCUAUUUAAUGACACUUAGUCUGAUUUGGAAAGCAAUUGGACUGCUGUAUUUCCUUUUCAUAUAUGUGUUGUGCCGUGAAAUGUGUAGUUUGCAUUCUUGUUAAAUGUUGUGGUGUAAUUACAAACAGUUAAGCAGUCAAAACUUGCAUACUAAUAUUUUAUCAAUAACUGUUGAGUGUUUAAUACUGUAAACUUACAACAUUACACACUCUCAAGUAAUCAAUUAAAAUAUGGGUAUGUAAGUCGUGACUGCUAAACUGUGUGUAAGACAGGUAGAGGAUUUUCUUAAAAAUUAAUCAAUUAAGUCCUACUUUUAGUGACAUUUUCAAGCAAAAAUGAUGUACUUCUAUCAUUGAGUUUAUAUUAUGAUUACAAGACGAAGUCUGCCUUUAAAACUUCUAUUCAUAUACAGGUAUGGUUUUGCAACACAUUUUUGAUUAUUAAAAACUUGUAUGAAUAUAGAACACGUAUUUGUAUAGAAAGACUUUAGUUGAAACUUUAAUUAUGCUACAAUUUGGCCUCUUUUCCAUUGAACAAACUUGGCCUCUGUUUACUUUUUUCUCACCAUUGUGCUAAUCUCACUCAUCCCACCACCAUUAUGCUAACUUUACCCACCCAUAUUCUUUUUCUUUUCUCCCCCCAAUUUGAUAACUUGGUCAGUAUUCUCUUCCUUUUCCACUACCAUUGUGUGUGCUAAUUCCAAAUUGUUUCCAUGUAACAAAAAAAUACUGUAAGUAAAAGGCUUUUAAUUCUAUUAUAUGUCCUUGGCCAUACUUUUUACUGUGUUUGUGAAUUAUUUUCUGAAGAUUUUGUUUCAGUAUUAACCUUAUUUUCCUCAACAACUUUGUUUUAGAUCUGGGUUAUUUUGCAUGGAUUAAAAAUGAAAUGACAUGAAUUUUUGAUUUCAGUCAGCCUAUUAACUGAAUUUUAUCACAAAAAAAAUUAUUUCUGCAAAACCUCAUGUAACAUUGUCCAUGUGUUUUAUAUUCUUAAGCAGAUGAACAACAAUAACAGAUUUUGUUUAUCCAUCUUAGACAAUCCGUAGCUGUAUACCUGAAUGUAUGUAAUCAUAUUUUUUGUAUUACAUGUAUCUUUGUAGAUUUAACAAUAAGACUGCUGUAAUGUAAAAAAGAUAAGUUCUAACAAUUGAAGUACAUGCUACUCUGAUAGUGCCCCAUAUAUCUCAGUACAUUCUGUUGUGUACAGGUAAUCACUAGUUCAGAUAUAUAUUUAUUUUCCAAGAAGAUAACUUUGUGUAUCUUUUAGUUGUUUAAUUCAUAUAUAUAUUCCCUUGUUCAAAUCACAAUUUUCUAUGUAUAGUUGAUUUUUUUUUCUGUUUAUAUCUUUGAAUGUUUGUUUUUUAUGAGGUUAUCAAUGGCCAUAUAAGAACAUUGCAUAAAUUUAUCAGAUGAUCCUGGUUGUAGUUGAUCCAAUCAACUGAGUUAUAGUCUUAAGAAAUAGCUUAGCUGAAAUCUAACCAGUCAAUGCAUAACAUUCAAAUAAAAUGAUUCUACGAAAACAGCCCAUUUAUUUUGAUGUAAUGAACUUUCUAAAUGAAAAUAAAUCUUUUUUCGUUUCA